UCUAAAAUAUACAGUACUAGUAAGUUUCAUCUAAAAUAUACAGUACUAGUAAGUUUCAUCUAAAAUAUACAGUACUAGUAAGUUUCAUCUAAAAUAUACAAUAGUAGUAGUUUUGUCUAAAAUAUACAGUACUAGUAAGUUUCAUCUAAAACCUGCUGAAUGAUAAAAAUAGUACUCUAUCUUUUAAGAAUAUUUUUUUCUUUCUGAUCCAAAAUAUAUUAAGCAUUAUAAUAAACCCAUGAAAAAACUUGCAAUAAUUUUGUUUCUAUUGAUAUAAUGAAAAUGUUGAAUGUUUUGCACAGGUAAACUUUAUAAAGGUGAGAAAUACAUAGAUGAAAGACAUCGACACCGUUAUGAGGUAAAUCCAGCUUUUGUUCCUGAUUUUGAAACAUCAGGCAUGAAAUUUAUAGGCCAAGAUGUAAAUGGAGAGAGAAUGGAAAUCAUGGAACUACAAGGUCAUCCAUAUUUUGUAGGAGUUCAAUUCCACCCAGAGUACAUUUCCAAUCCUCUACGACCUUCUCCUCCUUACCUAGGUCUUAUCUUAGCUUCAUGUGGUAAGCUAAGCUACUAUUUAUCUAAAGGUUGCAGACUUUCACCAAGACAAAUAAGUGAUGAUGACAGCUCAGAUGAAGAAGUCAUUGCUAAACCAAAGAAGACUUCUCAAGUACUUAUACCACAAGAUGGUUGACUGCUUAGAAAAAAUGUCAUUUUACAAAUUGAACCUCUUACAGAAUAAAAUUUAUUCGGGAAUUAGUUAAACUUUUAUUCUGUACAUUGUAUAUUUAUUUAUUUUAUUUUCACAAAAAGUUUACAAAAACCAUUGUAAAAUAUGUGCCAAAUAAUGCAGAUAUAAUUUAUUUAUGGGAGGUUAUCCCAUACUUAAAGCUUUAGACAGAAAGAAUGUAGCAAAGUUUUGUGAUAUAAAAGUUUAUUAAACCAGGAUAUGUAAGAAAGUAUUGUAUCAUUUUAGUUCUCAUGAUAUUUCAUGUGGAUUUGGUUUAUAAUAUUAGAUAUAGUAGUCUCUACAACCUGGCAGAAGUUAGAGAGUUACAGGUAGUAGUAUCUGAAACUCGGCAGAAGUUAGCGGAUUACAAAUACUAGUCUCUACAGCUUGACAGAAGUUAAAGGAUUACAGGUACUAGUCUCUACAGCUUGGCAGAAGUUAUAGAGUUACAGGUAGUAGUCUCUACAACUUGGCAGAAGCUAAAGGGUUACAGAUAAUAGUAUCUACAACUUGGCAGAAGAUAGAUAGUUGUAAGUUGUAGUCUUUACAACUUGGCAGAAGAUAAAGGAUUACAGGUUGUAGUUUUUACACCUUGGCAGAAGUUAAAGAUUACAGGUGUAAGUCUACAGCUUGACAGAAGAUAGAGAGUUACAGGUUGUAGUUUCUACACCUUGGCAGAAGUUAAAGAUUACAGGUAUAAGUCUACAGCUUGACAGAAGUUAAAGGAUUACAGGUACUAGUCUCUACAGCUUGACAGAAGUUAAAUGAUUACAUGUACUAGUCUCUACAGCUUGACAGAAGUUAAAGGGUUACAGAUAAUAGUAUCUACAACUUGGCAGAAGAUAGAUAGUUGUAAGUUGUAGUCUUUACAACUUGGCAGAAGUUAAAGGAUUACAGGUAGUAGUAUCUACAACUUGGCACAAGAUAGAGAGUUACAGGUUGUAGUUUCUACACCUUGGCAGAAGAUAGAGAGUUACAGGUUGUAGUUUCUACACCUUGGCAGAAGUUAAGGAUUACAGGUAUAAGUCUCUACAACUUGGUAGAAGUUUAAGGAUUACAGGUACUAGUCUCUACAGCUUGGCAGAAGUUAAAGGAUUACAGGUACUAGUCUCUAUAGCUUGGCAGAAGUUAGAGAGUUACAUGUUGUAGUUUCUACACCUUGGCAGAAGUUAAAGAUUACAGGUAUAAGUCUCUUCAACUUGGUAGAAGUUUAAGGAUUACAGGUACUAGUCUCUACAGCUUGGCAGAAGUUAAAGGAUUACAGGUACUAGUCUCUAUAGCUUGGCAGAAGUUAGAGAGUUACAAGUAGUAGUCUCUACAACUUGGCAGAAGCUGAAUGGUUACAGAUAAUAGUAUCUACAACUUGGCAGAAGAUAGAUAGUUGUAAGUUGUAGUCUUUACAACUUGGCAGAAGUUAGAGGGUUACGGGUAGUAGUCUAAAAUUUGGCAGAAGUUAAAGGGUUACAAGUAGUAAUCUUGACAGGAGCUACAGGGUUAGAAGUACUAGUCUCUACAACUUGGCAGAAGUUAGAGGGUUAUGGGUAGUAGUCUCUAAAAUUUGGAAGAAGUUAAAGGGUUACAGGUAGUAAUCUUGACAGGAGUUACAGGGUUAGAAGUACUAGUCUCUACAACUUGGCAGAAGUUAGAGGGUUAUGGGUAGUAGUCUCUACAAUUUGGUAGAAGUUAAAGGGUUACAAGUAGUAAUUUUGACAGGAGUUACAGGGUUAUAAGUACUAGUCUCUAAAACUUUGCAGAAGUUAGAGUAUUACUGGUCAAGCUGCAGCUGCUAAUCAACACCAAUACUGCCCACAUAAAAAAAUAUUAGUUGCCUACAUUUUCUUUACAAAAGUAUUUUAUAUUCUAUGGGUAUUAACGUGUUCAUUAUCUCAAAUGGCUAGUUUUUUGUUUAAUGAAAGAACAUUUAGAAUAUAACAUGUGUGAAGACAAAAACAAAAUAAACUAUUGAUAGUUAACAAGUAUGUAAGUAAGUUAACAAAGGUGUGUCUAAAGAAAUAAAACUUAUUUUGAAACUUA